CCCGUUCGUCCCUCACACCCACUCUUCUCUUCUCUCUCUUAUUCUCCUGUUCAUGCCAUAUUAUGUGCAGAGGAGCCGAAAGUGCACAGAGAACACAACCCGUGCAUUUCACACGGACAUCCAGAGAAACCAGAAGAGAGACUAAUACAGUGAUGCUACAGUAAACUGACAUUAUAGCAGGGACGCGUUUUCAGCUUUCCUGACAUUUACAGUCCAGAUUUGGGAAAAAAAAAAAAAAAAAAAAAAAAAAAAGUUGGCAGAGAGACCUUGCCCUGCCUCGCGACCUUUUUCCAUCUACUUUUGAAAGUGAAAAGGCACCAAAGCCAUGCUACAGAGAAAGUAAGUUUCCUUUUUGUAUUUUUAAGAAAGGAAAACCCCUGGUUUAAUGAAACAAAUGUGCUGAAGUUAUGGCAGCGCUAAGGCGUAAAUUUGGAGAGGACUACCAGGUGGUGAACACGAACAGAGGCGCGACUUUCCCCAGCGCACCGGUGAAGAAGAAGCGCCAGCGCUUUGUGGAGAAGAACGGACGCUGCAACGUCCAGCACGGAAAUCUCGGCGGAGAGACCAGUCGCUAUUUAUCCGACCUGUUCACCACGCUUGUGGACUUGAAGUGGCGCUGGAACCUUCUCAUUUUCAUCCUCACCUACACCAUCGCCUGGCUGGUCAUGGCCUCGAUGUGGUGGAUCAUCGCAUAUAUAAGAGGGGACUUGAAUCAUGGCCAUGACGCUUCGUACACUCCGUGCGUCGCCAAUGUUUACAACUUCCCGUCAGCGUUCCUCUUUUUCAUUGAAACCGAAGCAACCAUUGGCUACGGUUACCGCUAUAUUACGGAGAAGUGCCCUGAGGGCAUCAUCCUGUUUCUGUUCCAGUCUUUGCUGGGCUCGAUAGUAGACGCGUUUCUCAUCGGCUGCAUGUUCAUUAAGAUGUCCCAGCCCAAGAAGCGCGCAGAGACUCUCAUGUUCAGUCAAGACGCGGUGAUCUCACAGCGAGACGGAAAACUCUGCUUAAUGUUCCGCGUGGGCAAUCUGAGGAACAGCCAUAUGGUGUCCGCGCAAAUCAGGUGUAAACUCAUAAAGUCUCGUCAGACGCCGGAGGGCGAGUUCCUGCCGUUGGAUCAGUGUGAACUAGAUGUGGGCUUUGGAACAGGUGCUGACCAACUCUUUCUGGUCUCUCCCCUCACCAUCUGCCACGAGAUCAAUCCCAAGAGCCCUUUCUUCGACCUCUCCCAACGCUCGCUCAUGAACGAGCAGUUUGAGAUCGUCGUCAUCUUGGAGGGCAUUGUGGAGACAACGGGUAUGACAUGUCAGGCUCGUACCUCGUACACGGAAGACGAGGUGUUAUGGGGUCACCGCUUCCUGCCAGUCAUGUCUCUGGAAGAGGGCUUCUUUCGAGUGGACUACUCCCAGUUUCACAGCACCUUUGAGGUCCCCACGCCACCCUACAGCGUGAAAGAAUACGAGGAGAAAUCCUCACUCCCAUCCCCUUUGCUCACGCCACACCGGGAGCGAGUAUUUUCCAUGGACUGCCUGGAAGCAGGUGAGGAAGGGCUACAUCCCGGAAGUGCUUCUUGCAAGCUGCCCAGCAAACUCCAGAAAAUGAGUUCAUCUGGUAGAGAAGAUCUGCAGAGGAAGGUGCUACGCUUAAGCUCGCAGCAGUCCGAAAAGGCUUCGAGCACGGGGGACCUUCCUCUGAAACUACAGCGCCUCGGCUCCAGCCCUGGGCAGGCUGACGGAGAGGCACGAUUCCACCUCAAAGCGCUUAAAGUGGGUUUCCAGCCCAUGGCAAUGUCCACGGGAGACCUCCACCAGAGAAGUCUGCCUCCCACUCCAGCAGCCAUCCCCACACACCCCCACGGUCCCCCACACACGCCUGGCGGCCGACCAGAGGACAACCUGCCUCCCAAAUUAAGGAAGAUGAAUGCAGAUCGCUGACCUAGAAGUGCUUUUAAAACUUUCUCCUAAUCUGAGAGCAGUUUUCAGUGUUUGUGUACCAUGAGCACCAACAACUACAUCCAGAUUGGAGCAAAAUUAUUGUUUUGUUGGGAACUAAAUAAGAACUCUUGUAGAGUAAUGAAAACAUGUCAAGAAUGAACUUUCUGACUGCACAAUGAAUGAAUAUUUGCAUUGGCUUGCACUGCAAAAGAAAUGUAUUCAUGUAUUUUUAAUUAGUAUUUUUUUUUUACUUAUUUUACAGUGAGGGAUCUAAAAAAACAACAACCUUGAAACCUUGAAAAACAAAAUAUUUAUUUAAAAAGUUAAAUGCUUAAAUAUCCUGGAAAUAAAAUAAACCAGAUAAAAACACUUGAAACCAGACAUAUUUACUUGAAAACACAUGAUAUACUGUAUAUACUAAAAGUCUGAUGUUAAUAAGAACUUUCUGAAUCUGAAUUCUAAAAAAUAAGUAUUGCAGUAUCCACACAAAUACUGAGCAGCACAACUGUUUUCAACAUUGAUAAAAUAAUAAAUGUUUCUUGAGCAGCAAAUCAGCAUAUUAAAAUGAUUUCAUGAUCAUGUGACACUGAGUAAUGACUCCUGAAAAUUCAGCUUUGUCAUAACAGGAAUAAAAUACAUUUCAAAACAGAAAACAGGUGUUUUAAAAUGUAAUAAUAUUUUACAAUAUUACUUUUUUUAAUAAAUGCAUCCUUGGUUAACAAAAAAAGCCCCUUUUAAAAAUAUAACAUGUUACUGAUCCCAAACUUCUGGGGAAAAAUACACUUAAGUUAAAGGUACUUUCUUUGAAAACAAGCCUCAGUAUCUUAUGCACUGUUGAUUCUGAAGUAAUUUUGUAUUGUUUUAAUGUUUUUUUUUUUGUUUGUUUGUUUUUUUAGAUAUUGUAGCUGUAAAAAAUAUGGAGAAAAAUACUUGUUAAAAAUAUAAUGUUUUGCAGUGUGAGAACUAGUUGGAGGUACGAGUAGAAAGCACAAGACUUUGUUUUUUUUAUUAUUAUUAUUUGUCGUUUGUCCUUUCUUUCUUUAUUUUUUUCUUUGAGAAAGCACAAAACUCCAGCUGGAAGUACUGUGAUUUAAAUUCUUUAGCUGUUUACUGGUGACUAUAUGGUCACCCAGUGUGUUUCAAUCACACACUUAGUAAUAUCACAAAUAUACAAACUUACAAUAUGUGCAUGCCUAUUUCUCAUCUCUAGCUGUGUAUCAUACAACCCUCUGUUAUCCCUAGUUAAAAUGAAUAAAUUCUAUUCAGCUGCAACAUGGUGUGUGUUUAGUAGUCUCUCUGGUAGAGAACAAUCAAAGACAUAUGAAAAUCUUAAGGGAUUUACAUCUCUGGUAUACACAGCUUUAGAGUUUAGUACUCAGUGGUAUUUUAUAAGAUGCUUUCUUGUGAUGUUUUAAUAUGCACAAAAGGUCAUUACAUUGCCAUUAAAGAGGACGCAUUAUGUUGAAUUAAUCAUUUCAUCCUCAAUUCCAAACAGCUUGUUCAUUAAUAAUGUCUGUAGAAUCUUGUACUUUAAUUAAAAAUUCAUGCGUUUGUGGAAAUGUUUAAUGAUCGUUGGAUUUCAACACUGGCAAAGAGAGAAAUUCUGAAAUAAAUCAUCAAAUGGA